CCGCUCUCCAGGCUAAACGGUGGUGACGCAAUCACGCAGCACGUCCCGUUCCACGAGUGGUGUGUAUGAAAGGAGUGUCCAGCCAUCGCCACUCUCUCACACCGCGCGCCCGUUCUCCCUUCAAACAUCAGAAAACAUGGCCGAAGAAUGCAUUGUAAGAGUCCGUGGUUUGCCAUGGUCCUGCACCCGGGAAGAAGUACUGGAAUUUUUUUCAGCUGACUGCACUAUUGCCGAUGGAGCUGGUGGCAUUCAUUUCACAAUGUCCAAGGAAGGCCGUCCGAGUGGAGAAGCCUUUAUUGUAUUGGAAACCGAAGAAGAUCUUAAGAAGUCACUAGAAAAAGACCGGAAAUAUAUGGGUCACAGAUAUAUUGAAGUUUUCAAGUCUAACAACACGGAAAUGGAAUGGGUCUUAAAACACAGCAGUGCUGGCGACGAUGCAGAAUCCUCCACAGAUGGAACUGUGAGGCUCCGUGGGCUACCCUUCGGCUGCAGCAAAGAGGAGAUUGUGCAGUUUUUCUCAGGGUUGAGAAUCGUGCCAAAUGGGAUUACAUUGACGGUGGACUACCAGGGGAGAAGCACAGGGGAGGCCUUCGUACAGUUUGCUUCAAAGGAGAUAGCAGAAAAAGCUCUGGGGAAACACAAGGAAAGAAUAGGGCACAGAUACAUUGAAAUAUUUAAAAGUAGCAGAAGUGAAAUCCGAUCAUCCUAUGAUCCACCUCGAAGAAUGAUGGGGGGACAGCGUCCAGGACCUUAUGAUCGACCAAUGGGUGGAGGUGGUGGUGGUGCCGGCGGUGGACGAGGAGGUGCCUAUUACGGAGCUGGCCGUGGCAACAUGUAUGAUCGUAUGCGAGGAGGAGGAGGAGGAGGUGGUGGUGGAGGUUAUGGAGGUGGCUAUGGUGGAUUCGAUGAGUACAGUGGUUAUAACAACUAUGGCUUUGGAGAUGGCUUUGAUGAUCGACUUAGAGAAAAUAGAGGUAUGACUCAAGGUUACCCUGGAGCAGCUGAUGGUGGCACUGGUUUUCACAGUGGGCAUUUUGUCCAUAUGCGGGGCUUACCUUUCCGUGCAUCAGAAAGCGAUAUAGCCGGUUUCUUUUCCCCACUUACGCCCAUCAGAGUACAUAUUGAUAUUGGGGCAGAUGGAAGAGCCACUGGAGAAGCAGAUGUGGAAUUUGCAACACAUGAAGAUGCAGUAGCAGCCAUGUCCAAAGAUAAAAACAACAUGCAGCAUCGGUACAUUGAGUUAUUUUUGAACUCCACUGCUGGUGGUGGCGCCGGAAUGGGAAGUGGCAUGGGCACCGGAAUGGGAAGUGGCAUGGGCACCGGAAUGGGAAGUGGCAUGGGCACCGGAAUGGGAAGUGGAAUGGGAUGUUAUGGCAGAGAAGCUUUAGAUGGUACGGGCUAUGGUGCCGUUGGCAGAAUGGGAAUGACGGGAAACUACAGUGGAUGUUAUCCAAAUCCAGAUGGUCUAGGUGGUUAUGACAUACAGAAUACACUCCUGUAAUGCUUCAGACAAGUUCUUUCAGCAACAACGAAGGUCUCAGGAAGAUGAAACGCCCCCUCCCACCCCCCGCUCAUGCCUGAAGGCUGGUCCACAAAGGAUAUGGGGUGUGAUUUUAAAAAAUGUGCAUAUUAAGCUGCCCUAUUGUGUUUUUUUUAUUUAUAUAAAUUUGUUUUGUUUAGAUUUUUUUUUUUUUUUUAAAUCCUGUUUAGUUAACUACAUGAAUAUGCAAAUCUGCUUAUAUCCCAUCUGGGUUCUUGAGGAUUUUUGUUCACUUUUGUAAAAAUUUGUGAAGGAAGAUUCGCA